AUGUCAUCCUCCCUUGAACAGCUCAAGGCAACUGGCUCCAUCGUGGUCUGCGAUUCUGGCGACUUUGCUACUAUCGACAGAUAUAAGCCGCAGGAUGCUACAACAAAUCCCUCUUUGAUCCUUGCUGCUUCUAAGAAAGCCGAAUAUGCUAAGCUUAUUGAGUCUGCCGUUGAAUACGGCAAAACCCACGGAAAAUCACUCGACGAGCAGGUUGAUUCAGCUCUUGAUCGCCUUUUAGUUGAGUUUGGUAAAGAAAUUUUAAAAAUCAUACCUGGUAAAGUUUCUACGGAGGUCGAUGCGCGCUUUUCAUUUGAUACGGAAGCCUCAGUCAACAAGGCCCUGCAUAUUUUGAAGCUUUAUGAGGAUAUUGGAAUCCACAAAGAUCGUAUCCUGAUCAAGAUCGCCUCCACCUGGGAAGGCAUACAGGCCGCUCGCAUCCUUCAGUCGAAGCAUGGGGUCAAUUGCAAUCUGACCCUCAUGUUUUCAUUGGUCCAAGCUAUUGCUGCCGCUGAAGCUGGUUCUUAUUUAGUUUCACCUUUUGUGGGCCGUAUCUUGGAUUGGUACAAAGCUGCUCAUAAGCGAGACUAUACUGCCGCAGAAGACCCCGGUGUCAAGUCGGUCCAGGGAAUCUUCAAUUAUUACAAAAAACAUAACUACAAGACAAUCGUCAUGGGCGCUUCCUUCCGCACUACCGGCGAGAUUACCGAGCUAGCUGGAUGCGACUACCUGACAAUCUCGCCCAGUCUACUGGAAGAGUUAUACAACUCCACCGAUCCGGUACCCAAGAAACUUGACUCUCAGGCCGCAGCUAGUCUUGAUAUACCUAAGCGGAGCUAUCUCAACGACGAAUCAAGCUUUCGUUUCGACUUGAAUGAGGAUGCCAUGAGUGUUGAAAAACUGCGUGAAAGUAUUUCCAAAUUUGCGGCUGAUGCCGACUCUCUGAAGGAACUGUUGAAGCAAAAGGUCAAAGCUUAG